AUAAUUAUAUUUGCCGUUAUUCAAACUUACAGUAUCUUGUCUUGUAAUGUUAAUACUAUAUCAUUAAUAUUUUACCGUACAAAUUUGCUGUCAGAUUUCUUUAAGAGUAUCUAUUGGUGACCAUAACAAUUUGAUAUUAACCAUUGAGUGUGAAGCAUCUGUUAAAAGAAUGUGGUCGAUGGUAAUGUUUGUGUUUUAUAUUUACCUGCCUUUGUCUUGUCUCAGUUCAAAGAGAAGUGAUGCAGCUAGGAAACAAGAACGUAUUCUGUACAAGAUUGAAAGAUAUCCUGAUACCACAUUUAGUUAUAAAAUACCAAUUGAGGAUGAUGGUGACUAUGUAAUUCUAUUGAAAUUCAGUGAGACUAAAUCGUGUGCGCCUGGAGUUAAAGUAUUUGAUGUUGUACUAAAUAGUCAGCAUAUCAUACCGUAUAACUUGGACAUUUUUAAUGCGUACACUGAUUAUAUUGAAUUUAAAGUUUAUCGUGAGAAAUUAUAUUGGGAUGAAGAAGUAUCCGAAAUCAAAUCUAACAAAAUCCGAGUCGACUUUAUUUAUGGUGAACAUGGUGCACCUUCCAUAAGUACAAUACUUUUCGCUAAAGGAAACAUUAACAAUGUACCAAAACUACUACAAGCGAUUUAUGACAGAGAACUUCAAGAACAAAGUAUUGAUUGGAAUAAAAAACUUGAAGAACUAUUUUUUCCUUGCCCAAGUAUUUUUUCUAAACAAUUUGUAAAUUGUUCAUUAGCUAUAGUCUUUCAACUGCAGUUUUCACGAGAAGGACCCUUAAAAUACAGAGUGAUUCACUAA